AGCUCAGCCUUCACGCCACCAAGUGGUUCUGCACCAUUUUUUUCCAGAUCACUCCGAUUGCUCCAUCGUCACUCUCCUGUGCCGUGCGGUUGGUAAAGAUUGAUGGAUGGGUGAACCCUGAAUGCUGGUCGGGACUUCCCCGUCGGGCCCUCUGUUGGCAUUUCGAGGCGCAUCCUCAAUCAAGCCCGCACCUAUUUUCUCUCGGCCCACCCCGCAUGCAGUAUUGACUCGGCUGGACUGGCAUUCUUCACUCAAUUCCUUUGUUCAUCAGCCAUGACAAACGUUGUCUUCUACAAGCCAAAACACAACUUUAGGCUUCACGAUAUUGCAAAGUUGUCACGAUGUUGCUCAAUAUCGUAGCUUUGAUAUCAGUUUCUCUUUUUAAUAUAGUCGUCGCUCAGACCGCCUCGAGUACAACAUCUGCUCCUGCAGCGACACAUACGGUUUCGGUCGGCGCAGAUGGCCUUAAUUUUAACCCGCAUGAGAUCACUGGCGCUGCUGUUGGCGAUAUAAUUGAGUAUCGAUUUUAUCCUCAGAAUCAUUCAGUAGCCAGAGCAGCAUUUGGACCGAAUCCAUGUAUUCCUUACGAAGACACCGGGGCAGGUCUGGUGGGAUUCUGGAGUGGUUUUCAACCAAUCGCAGUGGUACUCAAUGAUCCUCCAAUCUUUCGAGUGCGAGUCAAUGAUACAGCACCUAUAUUCUACUACUGUUCAGCGCCGAAUGCAUGUUUCGAAGGAAUGAUUGGUGUUAUCAAUCCGAAUGCGACGGAAACUUUUCAGGCGCAGUUCAACUACACGCAGAAUGCGACAUUGGAAUUCAGUCCUUUAGAGUAUUUCCCAGCAGAAGUCUCAGCUACACGAACAACCACAGCUACGGGCGCAACGAUGACACCCACAGCCCCUCCAUCGACAUCGAGCACAGCACCAGCCUCCUCAUCCUCCCACACCUCACUUGGCGCAGGUCCGAUUGCUGGAAUUGCUAUUGGCGGAUUCGCAGUAGCGGUUCUGGCAGCAGCUUUGAUAUACAUGUGCGGAAGACACAAAACGAUCAACGAAUUAAUGCUCCGCCAAUCUACCCUCGCGGCCUCAAAUCACAACUCCUACCAACCUGCCUCCGCAGGCUUGACAGAAGCCAACUACUCGAACAUGCAAAAGACGCCCAUGAGCGACGCCGCACGAUUCAGCGAUCGAGAGACCGCGAGCUACAGAAGCAUGAGUCCACCGCUCGACGAGAGAUCCGCGAUGAUGGGCAUGCAACCAAUGCAUUUCCAAGGCCAAGGAAACGGGAGUCCAGGACUGGGAGUCAUGAGUCCCGGCAGUCCCGGGUAUCCGAGCCCGACAUAUUACGAUACGCAGACGCCGCACGAGAUGGAGAAUGGGACGGUACAGUCGCAGGCUGGUUUAAGACAGAAUCCUCCUCCCGAACAUGAAGGGCCGCACGAACUUGCUGUCGGCGAUACGAAUGUCUCAACGAUGGACUCGAGGCCGUUCUCGUAUACAGAUAGCGAGAGUGGAUUUCAUGCGGAGCGGAAACAAUGAUCGGUCACGGUACGAACGGUGUGGAUAUGACGGGAUAAAGGAUGAACUCGGUACAACCAGCCUGUCGAGCGUAAGGGUGUUUUUGGAACGCAGUCAGAGAGCAGAUUUUCUGUUGCUUUACGGUAGCAGGGCGUCAGGUGCUGGUGGUAUGGAAGAUUAUUAGGGCCUGGGAUGGCAUGGAUAUUUUACGAGGAUGAUAUACCUGUGUUGGUGACACGUUUUGUGCGUGUAUGUAUUUAAUUUUAUUCUUUUGAACGUCUUUGAGAUGUUGUUGUUCUUGCUCUUCAACUGAUGAUGUGCUCUUCGUUUGAAGCCAUGGUAUGGGAUAGCUGAGCACAAGAAGGGAUGCGGCUAAGCACCGACUCUUCAUCCACUUCACUUCGUAUUUUCGUACCUCUCCACCCCUUCUGCGCACCCCUUCUGCUCACCCCUCUUCACUCCCCCGCGUAUCCAAGCGCUUACCGUGUUCCCUUCCAAUCUUCUCUCAUGAGG